AUGUCGCACCUCGUCAACUUUUCCAUCCCGGACCUCACGCGGCACCGCACCGCCGUCGCGCUGCUCCCCGUCGUCCUGCCCGCCGCCUACGUCGCGUACCUGCACUGGGCCGUUUGGCGCAGCACGACGCGCACCACCGGGCAGCUCUCCCCCUCCUCCGCCCACGCACCGGCCGCGCCCAAGGGCCUGCCGGCCGACGUCGCCGCGCACCCCGACGACUGGGUCGUCUGCUACGAGCGGGUCGUCUCCGGCCCAGUCUCCGCCGCGACGCUCGUGCACAAGCUCCGCGGCGGCAGUGGCAACACACCGGGCCCGCUCCUCACGGCAUACCUGCGCACCACGUUCAAGGCGUUUAGCUGGACGCCGCAGGCGCUGCUCAUCCGCGCCAUGGUCGCGGAGCCGGUGCGCAAGGCGAGCUUUGCGGCGGCGCACGUGGACGGCCUGGCGUUUGCGGGCGGCGACGUCGUCGACGGCGUGUACAGGGUGACGAGCUACGAGUGCAAGGAGAGCGGCGGCGGCGGGGAGGCGGUUGAGCUGAGCAUCGACACGCCGAGCUCGUAUGCGGGACCGCCGGUGCGCGGGCUGAUCCGGUCGGCGGUGGAGGAGGGCAAGGGCGGCGGCGACGAGGUCCGGUUCGUGAAUGAGACGUGGCUGUGGCGCGGCAGGCGCGAGAAGCCGACGAUGCUGGAGAACGCGCUGGGCAGGUGGCUGCACGGCUUGCUGGCGGGGUGGCUGGUGAUGAAGGGCGUGGGAGGCGUGACGCGCAGGUGA